AUGGCAAUCUUCAGAGUUGCUACUGCGGCGAUUCUAUCGCUGGUAUUGCUUAUUGUGUACUUGCCAACCGUGUACACUUCGCCUGUCUUUACACGCGACCGGCAGCAUUCUGGAGAAGCAUCCGGUGAAAUCGAAGCCGGUAAGUUGGGAGCAGUCGCAAGCGAAAGCGCACUGUGUAGUCGUUAUGGUACCGAUAUGCUAGAGAAGGACGGGAAUGCUGCUGAUGCUUUGGUUGCAACAUCGGUUUGCGUCGGAACAGUAGCUAUGUACCACAGCGGCAUUGGUGGAGGCGGCUUUAUGCUUGUCAGGGCUCCAGACGGUUCAUUCGAGUCCAUUGACUAUCGUGAGACGGCUCCUGCUGCAGCUUUCCAGGACAUGUUCGAGAACAACACAGAUGCAUCCACGAAAGGGGGUCUAGCAAGCGGCGUCCCCGGUGACUUGCGAGGCCUCGAAUAUCUGCACAAGAAAUACGGCUCUCUCCCAUGGUCAACCGUCCUCCAACCCGCGAUCCAAACCGCACGUGAAGGCUUCACCGUCAACGAGGACCUCCUCCAUUAUAUAGACACCGCCAUCGCAGAAGACGGAAAUAACGAUUUUCUCUGCACCGACCCCAGCUGGGCAAUCGACUUCUGCCCGCACGGGACCCGCCUCGUCCUUGGCGAGACAAUGACGCGCAAACGCUACGCAGACACCCUCGAAGUGAUCGCCAAACAAGGCCCAGACGUCUUUUACAGCGGACCCAUAGCCGAGGCGACCAUCAGAGCCGUGCAAUUGGCAAACGGCACGAUGACCCUGGAUGAUCUGCAGGACUAUACCGCUGUCACCCGCGACACGGCGCAGAUCGACUACCGAAAUUUUACGGUGACUAGUACGACGGCUCCGACUAGUGGUGCUAUUGGGUUGAGUAUUUUGAAGAUCUUGGAGGGUUAUGGGGACUUUUUUGCGCCGGAUAGUGUUAAUCUUAGUACGCACCGGUUGGAUGAGGCUAUUCGGUUUGGAUAUGGAGAGAGAACACUACUUGGCGAUCCAUUCUUCGUCGAUGGAAUGUCAGAGUACCAAGCAGACAUCUUGAAACAAUCGACCAUCAACGAAAUCCGGAACAAGAUACUGGACUAUCAGACACAAAAUGUAUCCGUGUAUGACCCCGAAGGACUCGAGAGUAUCGAAACCCCCGGAACCUCACACAUCUCCGUAGCCGACCACACCGGCCUUGCAAUCUCCACAACAACAACAGUAAACACCCUCUUCGGAUCAAAAGUCAUGGUCCCCGAAACCGGCAUCGUCAUGAAUAAUGAAAUGAACGACUUCUCCAUCCCCGGCUCCUCCUCCAGCUUCGGCUAUAUCCCCUCGGAAGCAAACUACAUCCGCCCACACAAACGCCCCCUCUCCUCCACAACUCCCACAAUAAUAACCCACCCAAGCAACGGAACCCUCUUCUUUAUCGCAGGCUCCGCAGGUGGAAGCCGGAUUAUCACAGCCACAGUACAGAACAUAAUCCACGUGGUCGAUCAGGGUCUUUCGGCGGCGGAGGCACUAGCGCAGCCAAGAUUGCAUGACCAGCUUAUUCCGAAUCAGGUAGCGUUUGAGUGGACGUUUGAUAAUGCGACGGUGGCAGAUAUGCAAAGGAGGGGACAUAAUGUGACGUGGAUGGAGUUGGGGAAGAGUACGGCGCAGGUUAUUAGGGUGUUGGGGGAUGGGGGGUUUGAGGCGGCGGGGGAGCCGAGGCAGAGGAAGUCGGGGGGUGUUGUUGUGUAG